AUGGCGGUGCAAAUUUCCAAGAAGAGGAAGUUUGUCGCUGAUGGUAUCUUCAAAGCCGAACUGAACGAGUUCCUCACAAGAGAGCUGGCUGAGGAUGGCUACUCGGGUGUGGAGGUUCGUGUCACCCCAACUAGAACUGAAAUCAUCAUCUUGGCUACCAGGACACAGAACGUGCUUGGUGAGAAGGGGCGUCGUAUACGUGAGCUGACUGCAGUGGUCCAGAAGAGGUUUGGCUUCCCCGAGGGCAGUGUUGAGUUGUAUGCUGAGAAGGUUGCCACUCGUGGUCUUUGCGCCAUUGCCCAGGCAGAGUCUCUGCGCUACAAGCUUCUCGGGGGUCUCGCUGUCCGCAGGGCCUGCUAUGGUGUCCUACGGUUCAUCAUGGAGAGCGGGUCCAAGGGUUGUGAGGUGGUGGUCUCUGGAAAGCUCAGGGGCCAGAGGGCCAAGUCCAUGAAGUUCGUGGAUGGCCUCAUGAUCCACAGUGGAGACCCCGUUAACUACUACGUCGACACCGCUGUCCGCCACGUGCUCCUCCGUCAAGGUGUGCUGGGGAUUAAGGUGAAGAUCAUGCUGCCCUGGGAUCCCAGCGGUAAGAUUGGCCCCAAGAAGCCUCUCCCUGACCACGUGAGCAUCGUGGAGCCCAAAGAUGAGCAGGUCCCCUCAACGCCCAUCUCUGAGCAGAAGGGAGCCAAGCCGGAGGCCGCUAUCGUCGCACCUGCCACACCCGUCCCAACAGCAUAACCAUGAGGGACCCCAAGCCAACAUCUCACAUUUUCAAUGUCAUCAUGAGUCGAGGAAAUUCUCCAAAUACCUUUGAGUGUUUGUCGAGAAACAAAUAAAAUAUUUAUAUGUUUUGUCUUAGUAAUUAUUGACCAAAUUCCCUUACUAUUAAUGUUUUGAGUUUUUGCCUUUAAAAUCCUUUCGACGUAACUUCUAUUACCUUGAUAUCCACCUCAAAUGUUACAAGUAGCCCAGUGCCCUGAACUUAAGUCCCUGGUACUCAACUCUGCAC